AUGGCUUCAGCGCGCGGUCCCCGAUGGCAGCAGUUCUUGCAGGAAUUGGUGAUGGUUGCGGGCACCUCGGCAUCUGCAUACUUCCUCAUUCGCUAUCUCCUAUCCCGCCUUGACUUCGACCCGGAGUCUCAAAAGAAAGAAGAACAAAAACGCAAGUCGGCCGCCAUCCUACGGAAGCUCGAUGGAGGAGACGAGUCAGAUGAGGACUCACCGCGUCGCGGGGGUAAAGGCGGGCGCCGGCCAAAGAGAGGAGAUCUUGUCCUCAAUCAAUAUGAACAGGCUAUUGCUAUGGACGUAGUCGCUCCCGACGACAUCCCGGUGUCAUUCGAAGACAUUGGAGGUUUGGACGAUAUCAUCGAGGAGCUGAAGGAGUCUGUCAUCUAUCCUCUCACAAUGCCCCAUCUCUACGCUUCGACGUCAUCGCUUCUUACUGCUCCAUCCGGUGUCCUUCUAUACGGGCCGCCUGGAUGCGGUAAGACCAUGCUUGCUAAGGCGCUCGCCCAUGAGAGCGGGGCAUGUUUCAUCAACCUUCACAUCUCUACCCUGACUGAGAAAUGGUACGGUGAUUCCAACAAACUGGUCAAUGCUGUGUUCUCGCUUGCCAGGAAGUUGCAGCCCUCGAUUGUUUUCAUCGAUGAGAUUGAUGCAGUGCUGGGAACCCGACGGAGCGGCGAGCACGAGGCCAGCGGCAUGGUCAAAGCCGAGUUUAUGACUCACUGGGACGGUCUUACUUCAGCUAACUCGAUGGGCGAGCCGCAGCGAGUGGUCGUUCUGGGUGCCACUAAUCGCAUAGGCGAUAUCGACGAGGCUAUCCUCCGCCGCAUGCCGAAGAAGUUUCCUGUCGCACUACCUCCUGCAGCACAGCGGCUUCGAAUCCUCAGCCUGAUCCUGAAAGAUACCAAGGUUGACCGGGACAACUUUGACCUCGAUUACUUGGUGAAAGGCAUGGCGGGUAUGUCGGGAAGCGAUAUCAAGGAGGCUUGCCGGGAUGCGGCCAUGGUACCGGUGCGCGAACUCAUCCGCCAGAAAAAGGCAGCUGGGCAACAAAUGACAGCUGUUGAUCCCAAAGAAGUCCGGGGGCUGCGUACGGAAGACUUCUUCUCGCGCGCCGGCGGUGUCCGGGUCAUUCCCCCGCCUGCCCAGCUGUCGAACAAAGCCAAUUCUGAGAAGGAAUGGAGUACUGAAUCGGAGGCGGCAUCUGAAGCUGAAGCACGAACACCCGCGGAGAUGGCCGAACCUCCUGAGUAG